GCAAACGCUAUACCAUCAAACAUUCGUAAAAAUAAUCUAUUUCAUUUGGUUACAAAAUGAACUCACGCAAAUGUUUGCUGUGUUGUCUUAUUUGCUACUUUUCAGUACGGGGAACAGAUGCAGAGAAAAUAAACCUUGCGUUUGAUCUUUAUGAACCGGCUACUGACUCAAAAGUAAAUUAUCCUCCAAUUAUUCUCCUCCAUGGAUUUAUGGAUUCUAGAAGAAGUUGGAAAUUUGUUGCUCAACCUAUAGCUGAUAAAACAGGCCGGAUGGUCUACGCUCUUGAUGUUCGUAACCAUGGUGAUAGUCUUUGGACAGAUGAAAUAAGUAUGGAUAUUAUGGUCGACGAUCUGGAAGACUUUUUCGCUUUAAACAACAUAUCACAAGCUAUAAUUGUUGGCCACAGUAUUGGCGGGAGAAUAGUUCAGUCUUUCGCUUUAAAACAGCCUGACAAAGUUGAAAAGCUUAUAGUUGAAGAAAUGUCAAUGGCAGACAUGGCAGAUGCACCCACAGCAGUAGUUGGAUUAAUAGUGAGAUUCAUCAAGAAAGCAAUUAGUACAAUACCGCCUGAUGCUGAUGAAGAAAUAGCGAUCAAUUUUGUUAAAGCUUACUUUUUAAAGAAGAUUCCCGCAGCUGUAAUACCUACCACGUGGCUUGAGCUGGCACCAAUCUAUCGAAAAAAUGGCACCAUUACAUGGCAAGUAAACCUUGAUGUAUUAGAACAGUCAAUCUAUUUAGGAGCCAUGAGAAACAACCUCACGGGUACAUACGAAGGCAGCACUUUGUUCCUGUAUGGCACCAAGUCCUUCUUGCAAGUUGAAAAAGAUGAACUUGUUAAAUAUUACUUUCCCAGUACGGAACUGCUUGGUUUUUCCGGAGCAUACCACUUACUUCACCAAGAAAUGCCUCAAGAUUUUAUUCGAGAAGUUUCACGAUUUAUAACUGGUGUAAUUACGCCGUCAGCACAGUGCAUCAAAAUGAAACUGGCUUACGAAGUUACACUGCCCCCUGGUGACACGGAGCAAAACUUGCCACCGAUCAUACUUCUACACGGAAGGUUGUACUCGCGCACAAACUGGAGCAAGGUUUAUGCUGUUGACCUUAGAAAUCAUGGUGAAAGUCCUUGGACAGAUGAAAUGGAUUUUGAUGUUUUGGCUGAUGAUUUGGAUGAAUUUCUCGACGAUCAUGGUAUUCGGAAAGCUUGUCUAGUAGGACACAGUUUAGGAGGCAGAACAUCCAUUACUAUGGCUUUGCGGAAGCCACAAAAGAUUGAGAAAAUUGUCGUUGAAGACAUGGAUACGCAGAAUUAUAGCACUCUUGCAAAAAACUCUGUACUUCACCUUGUAAAGUUACUCAGAAAAGCACUUGAUGUUAUACCUCCUGGAGCGGACGAAUUGCAAGCUAAAGAAUCAGUUUUCAAUUUUAUUCAAUCUCUUUUACCGAAAGAUACAUCGAAAAAACGCUCUUUAUACGAUUUAGAAACCAUACCCAUCAAGAAAGACGGGAAGAGUUAUGCUUGGCAAGCAAAUUUGGAUGUUCUUGAGACUAUGUUGGCAUCAGGAAAAGAUCAAAAACUUUCUGGCAUAUACAUGGGAGAUGCUCUUUUUCUUCAUGGAACAAGAUCAUUUUUUCAAGUGGACAAAGAUGAGAAAAUUCGAGAGUAUUUCCCGCGUGCCAAACUUGUCCCUGUUGAAGGUGCUGGACAUCUCAUUCAUCAUGAUUAUCCAGAAAGGUUCUUGGAUGAAGUCUGCAAGUUCAUAAAAAGUCGAUGAACCGAAAUAAAAAGUUAUCAAAAAUUACAUGAACAGUUUUGAAAAUUAGCUUAAUCGCUUGAAUAUUUAGUUUAAAACCCUUUUAUGUUGCUUUAAAUUAUGGAUAAAAAUAGAUUUAUGUUGUUAGAACUUACAAUAGAAUGUUUAUUUACAAAAUUCCCUCAAAUUCAAAGCCUAUACGACUACAAAUAUACGAGUUAGAUUUAGCAGUAUUCCCUUUAUCAGAUUGUCGAGAUUUGUUAUUAUCAAGACAAAUUUUGUAAAUUUGUAAAUAAUAAAAGGAACAACCUAUUUAAUGCACAAUCUUGGAGCGUAUAUAAAAACUGCUGUGUUGAAGUCUUUUUUUUUAGUGAAUGGUAAAAUUAUUAAACUGUAAGUAUGCUUUCAAAUACCGAGAAUAGUUAUUUAAAUUUGUAAUAAGAAAAAGCGUUUAAUAAUGUUUGACGUUCCAUCUUUAUCUUAUUUAUCUUUACUAAUAAUAAAGCUGAAAGUCUCUCUGAAUGUCUGGAUGUCUGUGACACGCAUAGCGCCCCGACCGUUCGGCCGAUUUUCAUGAAAUUUGGCACAAAGUUAGUUUGUAGCAUGGGGUGUGCACCUCGAAAUGAUUUUUCGAAAAAUCGAUGUGGUUCUUUUUCUAUUCCAAUUUUAAGAACAUUUUCCCGAGUAAAAUUAUCAUAAUAUGUACGAGUAAAUUACCAAGUUAUCAUAACGUGCAACCGUAACAUGGGCAAGCCAGUUGGCGAGAAAUUCACCAUGCAUUAUUUGUAAAUAUACAGGCAAACCAAAAGACCUUUUAAUUUUCUUCUACGGGCAAAGCCGUGCAGGUACCACUAGUAUUAAAUAAAUGAGUUACACGAGCUAGUGUUCGUUUUUUUUUUUU